UUCGACGUCCUGCGCAUGCUCCAGGGGGCCUUGCACUACCUGCUUCUGGAGCGAGUCUUAUUUCACAUGGGGCAAGCUUGAGAUAUCUACCACUUGCGUUUAUGCUGGAUACAAGAGCCUUUGGUUUGACAGUCUGAGGCGGCGAAAGACACACUAAGGGACACUCUUUCGUCGGAACAAGACAACUGUUUUGCUUUGCUAUAGCCUGCUCCACUUUAUUCUCCGGAUUUCCCUGCGAAUUAAAACAAACUUUUGAGAGAUUGUUCAUAUUAGACGGAGCUUUUGACUACCACUCUGUUGAAAAACGGAUACAUUUCCUACAACGUGAUGAAGAACUGAGAUUGAAGUAAGUGAACAGAGCACUUAUGAUUAGAAGCAAUAUUUUUAACGACUUCUACGUUGCGAAAACUUACCAAAUUAGUCACAUCCAUGCCAGGUGACAAACUUGCAUAGCAUGUGUAUCGCGUGAACACUAUCUGGAGGUUUAACUGUAGGUAAAUAAACCCCUUGGGGCUUUUGACAAUAUAGGCUACUGUGAAAAUUUUCACCUUGUCGUGUAAAAGUGCCUUGAAUCACGAUGUCUAAACCUAUGGAUCAUGUAAAGCGUCCCAUGAAUGCGUUCAUGGUGUGGUCAAGAGCCCAGCGCCGGAAAAUGGCUCAAGAGAACCCGAAAAUGCACAACUCCGAAAUCAGCAAGAGACUAGGUGCGGAAUGGAAACUUCUUACUGAGUCUGAAAAAAGACCGUUUAUUGACGAGGCAAAACGACUGAGAGCCAUGCACAUGAAGGAGCACCCUGACUACAAAUACAGACCCAGGCGGAAGCCAAAGACGUUAAUGAAAAAAGACAAGUUUGCAUUUCCAGUGCCAUACACUCUUGGAGAUCACGAAGCAUUGAAAGCGAACAGUUUAUCUGCUGGAACUCUCUCAGAGUCUUUACUUGGGAAUCCGGAAAAGGCAGCUGCCGCCGCUGCUGCCGCAGCAGCAAGGGUCUUCUUCAACCCGUCUAUGUCUACGAACCCUUAUUCCCUUUUUGACUUCGGGGCGAAGAUGGCAGAGCUCUCCCCGCCAUCAUUUCCAUACGCUUCCUCACUCGGGUACCCUGGUGGCGCAACUGCCUUUCCUGGAACCGGAACUGUUGGAAGCGGGACACACACUCACACUCAUUCCCAUCCUUCCCCGGGCAAUCCUGGCUAUAUGAUUCCUUGUAAUUGUACUGGCUGGCCCUCGGCGGGUCUCCAGCCUCCUUUGGCUUACAUCUUGCUACCGGGAAUGGGCAAAGCGCCCCUUGAACCUUAUCCUGCUUAUGCGGCAGCAUUGUGAUACGCCGGACUUAUACGUUUUCAAUGUUGUAACUUGUAAAGACUCUAUGUGCCAGAGUUUAUUACACGCGCAAGUCUAUACAUGUGAUAGAAGUCGUCUCAAAUAUCACAUGGGUAUGUAUAUAAAUUAAUGCCUUUAUGUAAGGUACUUUUUGUUAAGGUAACCCAUCGGGAACGAACAACUGUCGAACUGUUUUGUGCAGUUCGUUUUGGAAACAGCUACCCUUAUCAAUGUGAUUACUCUGAAGUCACCUCCUUUUAUUUCAACCUGUUGCAAAUACACCUGCUAGGAGGACUUGUGGGAAUUUGUCAAACAUACAUGGGUUGCAAUUCUUAAUUUAACUUGUGAAACAAAGCGUACAUCAUUUAAUAGAUCACUGUCAAACAUUAUGUUGGCUAAUAAAAUUCACAUUUCAUAUUAGACAAGAAAUUACUCAUCUACCUAAAUAAACGGUCAUGUCAGAAUGACGUGUAAAUGUGUACAGUUUAAUUUUGUGGUUUAGUUAAUGGUUUAACCUGGAAUCGACUGGGUUGUUUGGUUAGAAAUCCAGUGUAUAUUUUAUGGUUUCAGUACUGUUUUACAAGUGUCCGAAAUAUUUAUUGUUUGGAGGCAUUAUGAUGAUCCAGUUCGUUAGAAGGCUGUUUGUCCAGUAGCUAAUAUUUGCACAAUAAAAUUGAAGUGCUUAUAGGAUGUAAUAGGCUAUUUUAUCUUUAUUUCUAAGCUAAAUCUUCACUCACUCUUCAUUGUCAAUGUUUUUGUAUUAUUAAACCUGAUUCAAUUACA